AAGGGAAGCAUUUAGUCCAGAAGCAUGAAGUAAGUCUGAGAGAUAACAGAGAACUGGGACUGCUGUAGUUCCACUACUGAGCGAUGCAGACGCCUUCAAAUGUUUGGCAGAUGUGGACCAAGGCCUGCAGGAUGAAGUAAUCACCUGUCAGAGGAUAUUAACAGGGGAAACAUCACCAUCUCACUCCGCUAGCAUAAUGGCAGGCAAUAAGUCCAUUGCGUACUGUUUCCCACUCAACGCAACCUAUUACAAUUAUUCCAACAACAGCACCGUCGCCUCGCAAUACUUCUCCGCCGUGUUCAGCGUGCUGGGCCUCAGCUCCAACCUGUUUGCCUUAAUAGUGCUGGUGAAGACCUUCCGGCACACCAAAAGCCGCUCCCGUUCUUCGUUCCUCCUCUUCCUCUGCGGGCUGGUGGUGACCGACUUCAUGGGCCUGCUGGUCACCGGCUCCAUCGUGGUCUCCUUCCGCAUGACAAACUCCAGAUGGAUGUUGGUGGACCCCAAAUGCCACUUCUGCAACUUCAUGGGCAUGUCCAUGGUCUUCUAUGGCCUGUGUCCACUGCUCCUAGGGGCCACAAUGGCUGUGGAGCGCUUUGUGGGCAUCAAUUGGCCUUUCGCACGCUCCGCAAACAUUCCCAAGAGCCGAGCCUGCUACGUGGUGGCCGCGGUGUGGGUGACGGCAGGAUUGAUCAGCCUGCUCCCUAUCCUGGGCCUGGGCAGCUACCACCUCCAGCCACCUGGCUCCUGGUGCUUCCUCAACAUCAGCAGCCAAUUCCCUGUGGACAUGGCCUUCUGCCUCAUCUUCUCACUGGUGGGGCUGCUGUCGCUGUUCGUGUCCUUUGUCCUCAACACGGUGAGUGUGGUCACGCUGCUGAGGGUCUGCUGUGGACAGGACUCCACCCAGCGGCGGAGAGAUUACGAAGUGGAGAUGAUGGUGCAGCUCAUCUUGAUCAUGGUCAUUGCCUCUAUCUGCUGGUGUCCACUAUUGGUGUUUAUUGCACAAACUGUGCUUUCGGACGAAACACUCAGCAUCCACGGCCUGUUGCUCUGGAUACGAUUUGCCACGUGGAACCAGAUCCUGGACCCCUGGGUCUAUAUCCUCUUCCGACGCUCCGUACUGAAGCGCGUCUACCCGCGCAUGGACUGGUCCCGGGGCUCCAUCGCCAGCCUCUACCCCUCUUUCUCUUCCUCUAUCCGCAAGCUCACGCGGGCCUCCCUGGGGGGCACCAGCAGGCUCGGCGAAACGGAGCUCAACAGGCAAAACUCCCAGGAGCUCAAUGGGCAAAACUCCCAGGAGCUCAACGGGCAAAACUCCCAGGAGCUCAACGGGCAAAACUCCCAGGAACUCAAGCAGGAAGAUGCUCCGUUACCAGUGCAGAGCACCUCUCCAAGUUCAUAAUCAUUUCUAUUACUGUUAUCACUCCGGACCUGUAUUUUCACAUUUAUAAACAGUAAUGUCAGCCUUUUUUCCAUUUAAAGCAUGAUGGGAAGAUAUGAAGAGGUGUCUGAGCUCUGCACUCUGCAUGCGUUGUUUUUUUUUUUUUCCCAAAAAAGGCUCUGAAGCAUGUUCUGGAACCUCUUCCAGUGUUUUUUGACCUUCACCACCCAGGGGGGGCUUUGUAAACCGCUUCGUCAGACUGAAAUAAGUGGAUUCUAUCAGUAACAUAUGUUUCGAAUCUUGCUGAGAUGACUCAGUGAUGAGACAGCAGCAUGCUGUGGACCUGGAUCAGGCUGUGUGGGCGUUGACCAGCACUGCUGGCCACUGUAGCUGAAUGCUACUUAGCAUUUGUUUCUCAAUGUCUGAGUGUUAUGUAUUUGCAAGGGCAUAACUGAUAACUUACAAUAGGAGGGAAAGAAAUGAGACGGGUAUAUUUUUGGAAAUAUGAGCAAAAACAUGCAGCUUCUAUUAUGCUACUAGACUUAGUGUUAGCGACCAAGCUAACAAACAAGAUUAGCAAACUCUAGGCAGUCGACACAUAAUCAUCAGGUCAUGUGAUUACUCUCGGUGACUUAAUACUCAUCCUGAAUUGUCGUACAUGCAAAUGAUGCGUGGAUCCAGACGUCAAAGCACUGUCUUUAUAUUUUCAGCUCAGCUGCCAGUUUGUAGUGAAAUAUUUGUCCAGCUCAGUGUUUCAAGAUUCAAGAGCUUUAUUGUCAUAUGCACAGCAGAAGCAGGCAGUUACACUGAACAAUGAAAUUCUUACUUUGCUGUUCCUCCAUUCACCAAUAUAGUCUUAGAAAAAAAAAAAAAGUAUAAGAAUAUAUUAAAUAUGCUGAAUAAGUAUAAAUACACUAAAAACAAAAAAAAAGUAGUUAUAUGUGCAAAGUUGAAAGAAAAAUUAAAGUUACAUGUGCGUAUGUGCAAGUAUGUAGAGCAGUGGUCCAUAAAGUGCAUGUUGCAAGUGACAGAUGUAAACAGUAGUGUUGUGUGUAAGUAGCGUUUCUCAGAUCCAUAUUAAUACACACUUUCGCUGUGCAUAAAAGCACAAACAGAUCAGAUCCAGUAAGUUUAGCUUAGUUUGUGUCAUGUGAUCUGAGGACAUGUGGGAGUUCUUAUUCAUAGCCCAAACUCGUUAUGUGUUUUACUCUCUCUUUGCCCUGUCGUCCAGUCUGAGCGCCCUCACAACAAAAAGACAAGAAAUUCUGUGACAAACUGACGUUAAGUGUGUGAUGCUCUCCGUUUUAGAGACCCUUUUAGAUUUUAAAAGUCGUGUAUUGUAUGCCCAGCCUGACUGAAAAGUGAAAAGCAAGCAAGGUUGUGGCCAAGUUGGUUUCAUUUUCACAUCUUCUAAUAUCUUUCUUCAGUCUGAUUUGAAUGGUGGGCGAAAAACAGUUAAAGGAGCAAUAUGUAAAACACCGAUCAGCUGAUCCACCACCCAAAUAGUACCUGCUCUGUGAGGGUCCAUGGGGGUCCUGACCACUGGAGAACGCCUUAAAAGGGGGCUAACAAAGUAUGCAGAGAAACAGAUGGACUACAGUCUGUAACUGUAGAACUACAAAGUGCACCUAUAUAGUAAGUGGAGCUGAUAAAAUGGACAAUGAGCGUAGAAACAAGGAGGUGGUCAUAAUGUUAUUGGUGUAUAUUGACUGUAGUAAAUCAGAAAAUGACCCUGAUAUGUCAUCAGAGAUUAAAGAAACAUGCUAAGUUAUAAUACUGGAUUCUCCAGCAGCAGUGAUACAGCUGGUAUGUUCUCUGUUAAAUCUUUUGUUCCAGAGCAAAAAGUCUGUUUGUGUUUUUGGCCUGUGAGCCCACCCACUGCCCAUUUCCCAGUACCGAUACCCCGGGUUGUCAAAUACAAAACAAAUUGUCAGGCAAACACAGUGUGCUGCAACCUAAAAAGCCUUGGCAUCCUUUUAAAGAGCUCCAUGGCCAGAGAUGGAGUAAAAUACGAGUAAAUAUUGGCAGUGCAUCUAAAAAAUUGAGACAGUUUAGAGCCCAGAAGGACUUUAAGACGGGUACUGAGUUGGCCAAUCUUCUCCUGAACAGGUAAGCAUUGAGCUUCAGCUAAGAUUGGCUAACUUUAACUAAUUUAUCACAGCUAGUAAAGAUGGGCAUUGUAAGUAAUUUCAACAUUCGAAUACUGGCAUCCAUACCCUGUGGUGCAUGUUCAGCUGGGCUACCAAGGCAGACGAGGCUGAAGUUGGGCUUCUGUUUUCCAGCUUCACCUAGCACCUCAAGCACUAGAAUGUAAGUGCUGCACCAUUUAAGGUGGAACGGGAAAAUUCGGAUAAGGAUCUGGCGAAUAGGCUGAGGUGCCAGAAUGUAAGUGCCGCACCAUUUAAGGUGGAACGGGAAACUUCGGAUAAGGAUCUGGCGAAUAGGCUGAGGUGCCAGAAUGUAAGUGCUGCACGAUUUAAGGUGGAACGGAAAAAUUCGAUAAGGAUCUGGCAAAUUGGGUGAGGCGCCAGAAUGUAAGUGCUGCACCAUUUAAGGUAGAACGGGCAAGUUUGAAUAAGAACCUGGUGAAUAGGCUGAGGUACCAGAGUGUAAGUCCUGAAUCAUUUAAGGUGGAAUGAGCAACAACGAACAAUAAGCUGGCGAGUAAGAAGCUGUCUUCGGCUCCUUCAAGGCAGCAAGUAUUUUUGGAGCAGUGGGCUUUUGUUGUUGGGAUAAAGGACUUAGCUUUGGCCACCAUACAUAGCCAGUCAUGCAUCUAGCUAACAUUCACAGAGUUAUAAAAAAUCCACAUGAGCUGGUUUAUAAUUUGCAAACAACAGUAACAUUGCAUACAUAUACAUUAGCUGUUCAACUUACAGCAUAUGACUCGUCAUCGCCUGCUAUUGUCAAAGUUUAAUGUUGUCAAAGUUUAACAUUGCGCUUGUUCGUGUAUGUGUUCGUAAGCUUCGAGUCCUGGGAGGAGGGGACAGUGGCAAACAACUCUCCCCUCUCUGUAAUACCCAUUUUCAACACUUGUUGUCAGUAUUACAUAUUGCUCCUUUAAUAUGUGCAAGUUAUCAUUGCAAACAGCCAAGACAGUCAGCUUCCAUUUAGUUUGAGUCUGAAAUAUAUGUAGAACAGGUUGACUUCUGUGGACUUUCUAAAUGCUGUGAGAACGCCCAUCUACAAAUGAUGCAAAUAGCGAUCAUGGGGGUCCAAGCACUAUGUGCAGUUAUGAAACCAGCAGAUCACAAAUGAUAGGCAGAGUUUUUAGAGUGGCCUCGAUUUUAAUGGAUGUGGGUCUCAGAUGUUAUACACACCCUUUGGCCUUGGUAUGGUAAGCAGAUAGAUUUAAAUAUUGUCAAAGGGUCUAGAAAUGAUGCAAUAUUUGGUCUUGACUUACAUUUGCAUAGAAUUUCAUGGGGACCGCCAGACCCCCCUACAGGGGAUUGGUAUCUGAACUUGCCACCUUUUUUGACUGCUCAUGAAUUUUCAUGUCUGAGUUGUCACAAAUUCUUUCUGUUGUGUUUGCGGAAUGUUAACAAACGCCUUUUUGUUAAUGUUAGCAAGUAGAGGUGAAUUCUUAAGUGAAGCCAGACGCGGAUCAAAUAAACAAACAUUGUUCAUCGCUGUCCACUAAAAGGGUUACUGCGCCUGUCAGUGUGCUUUCUUUUACUUUUUCAGUUAGGAGUUCAAUUUAGUUUCAAAAGGCCUAGAGUGAGGUUUUAUCACAAAAUAGGUCCCACCCAUUGUAAAUCAAAACAUGAUUGGUUGAUUCCAUUGUCACUUAACAAUUAUGUUGUUAGUUAAUCUAAGUCCUGCCGAAUGGGAGACAUUGCUUGGAAGUAUCUACCUAGACACCACUAAGAAAAUACCCUGAUUGGACACUUUUCCAUUGGGUGUUUUUAAAGAUUUCUAAUCUUUUUUGUGGGUCUCAUGAAACCUUUUCUAAAGCCUAGAAUGCCCUGAAGGUCCCCUCUGCAUUAGGUAUAUUUUAGCUUUAUAUUAGGGGAAAAUUCUUUUCAAAAGUGGGGGGGUGCAUUCCCCCAUUCCCUUCUUAAGUCACCCCCCUGUUUGUGUGUGUAUGAAGGAGUUCUCUUGAUGCUGCGAAUAUAGAGCCAGGUGAAGUCCUGUCCAGUUUAUCUCUCUCUUUAGCUCUCUAUAGCUGGCACACUCUGAAGGUGGUCCCUUGCUUCUCAGCUAUCACACACUGUCACCCACUCAUAGCGUCGUGUCCAGGACUAAACAUUCUCCACAUACCCACUGGAUUCACAGCGAAGGACUACAUGCCAAGUUUAACAAACUUUCAUCCAAACCUCUCACCACGAAUCGAGCUCUCGGUUCGCCCCGAAGUGCAUGAUGUUAAGCUGUUUAGCAUUCAGAGUAAACACAGUCAGAAUAAAUGGUCUUUCAUUGUCAUAUAUUUAUUCUCAGUAUAAAUACAUGUACGGAUCACCUGUUCUGUUUAGUCACAAAACAUAAAACCAUUGUAUCGGCCUCUUGUGUAACCCUCCUUUUGUUUGGAUUGCUUUUGGAAACAAUCAGAAAUGUUCUGCACAUCCUACGCCAGUGAAGAAGCACUCAGCAACAACACACAUAUGGAACGAAUGAUCUGAUUUCUGUCCAUAUCCACAUGUGCAGCUUGUCAUUUGAGCCGAACAGUAAAGGAUCAGAGGCUUUUGG